UCAGGAGGCAUCAGCAGCACCAGAGUAUGCUCAAGACUCAGGCAGUUAAGAACGUACAGACGACUCAACAUGACCUUAAAACUAAACCUUACAACAAACCAACAGAUCACUCAGACAUAUCAGAAGAUCAUUACACUGGAGACCUGGCUGAAGUUCAUGAGUGCAAUGCAGUGCUAUCUGAUGGGCACAAUCAACUGGACAUGCAAAGACAAGAGAUUGAUUACAAGCUGCAAGAGUUGGCUGCUCAAAAUGGGAAAGUGGCUGAACUCGAGAGAAUGCUGUUAGAGCUGAAAGAGCACGAGCAGAGAAACACAGAGUUACUGGAGACUCUAAUGGAUAAUCUACAGCAGAAUGGGCACGACAUUCAUCAGAGCAAUGAUGCGAACCAGCAUGUAGCUAAUAUUGAGGAGAGAGUAAUAGAAAAAUAUACACCUGUUUGUAGCUGUGGAGUGCUUUCUACAGAAAUCAGUACUCUCCGCCUCUCCUAUCUCCAGAGUGGAGGAAAUGAUCCUCAAAUCCUGGCUCACCUGCAGCAUUUGUUAGACGCGGCCAUAAAAUUAGAAACGCAGGCUGGGAAAGCACCUCUGCCCAAGACCAAACGUCAAAGGGACAAUAGAAGAUAUAUGAGCAGAGAACUUGUGUCCACGGAGCUAGAAAACCAGCGCUUGGAAGAGGAAAUCAUGAAACUGGAGUUCAGAAAGAGAACCUCCAGAACAACUCCACACUGUAAUAUCCGACUUAGAAGCAGGCAAUAUGACAAAAACAAAAUCGCAUCAUGAUAAUUGAAGACGUUUCUACAAUACACAAUAUGUAUCAUGAUAUUUAAAUUUGCUAACAAUC